GCACCGCAAGUUAACAGUAUUCACGUCAAAUCUACCUUUUAUCGGCUUAUAUGAAUGAUGACAUCAAGCUUUGGUGCAGUGACUAUAUAAAAUGCUACAGUCCCUUACUACACACACUCACUCAGGGAAAGCUUAGUUUCAUUAUACUAUAAGAUUGCUAUACUUUGCUAAAAACUCUAUACUCCUACUUUGUAUUUCAUUCGCCUAACUUAUAAACGCGAUAUUCAGUAUAUUUCACUGAAAGACGAUUGAAAUUUGUUGCAAGUCUAUCCUUCUUUGUAUUCUGUUGAUCUUAACUUUCAUAAACUAUACACACGAAAUAUGCUGAUUGCUGCUUUGGGUCCCCAUAUUCCGUUUCCUGCUUAUGGUGUGGGUACAGCCUUAUACAAAAACGAUAAAUCCCGAUUUCAGACGGAAGUUGUAGAAUCGGUAAAAUGGGCAGUCCAAAACGGAUUUACUCAUAUCGACUGUGCCGAAGCAUAUGGAAAUGAAGAAGAAGUCGGUAUUGCCCUCAAAGACUUAGAUGUACCUCGUGAGAAACUCUUUAUCACCUCGAAAGUUACAACUAGUAUUGAAGACAUUUCGGCUGCAUUAACUACUUCUCUUAAGAAACUGGGGCUUACCUAUCUUGACCUUUUCUUGUUACAUUCCCCUAAACCUUUUAAAGAGAAAAAUAUUCCUCUCUCAAAAGGUUGGGAAGCUUUGGAAAAAGAACUUGGUCAAGGCCGAGUUCAUUCUAUCGGCGUCUCUAACUUUUAUGUAAAGGAUUUGGAAGAAAUAAAAGAGAAAGCUACCGUCCCUCCUCGUGUUAACCAAAUUGAAUUCCAUCCUCAAGUCUAUACGCAUAUGAAGUCUCUGCUAGAAUACUGUAAAAGCAAAAAUAUCAUCAUCGAAGGUUAUAGUUCUCUUCUACCCCUCAAAAAGGAUCCUGAUGGAACCGUUAGCAAACUUGUCAAGUCUCUUGCUAGUAAAUACAAUGUUUCCGAUUCUUUGAUUUUGUUAGCUUGGUCAAAUGCCCAGGGCGUUUUCCCUGUCACUACUACAAGCAAAGUGGAGCGUAUGAAGGAAUUCUUAUCUUACAAAAGUGUGAAGCUCGAGCAGGCAGACAUCGAUGCUAUCACUGCAGCUGGAGAAGAAUCUACCAGACCUUUACAGAACUUCUAGAUGGUUAAUUGUUUUCCUUUCGGAAAUACUAUUUUGAUUGCUUUAUGAUUUUCUGAUUGAUCACGAUGCUUGUAUAUGCUUUACCUUUAUCCACUAUAUAUAUGAAUGAUAUUAAUGUUAUGACCCGUG